AUGCUCGCUCGCCGCUCCGUCGUCGUGAGGGCGGCCCCGACCUUCGCCCGCUCGCUCUCGACGUCGACCGUCCUCCAGUCGCCCACGCCCACGCCCAGGCGCAAGGUCGACGAGAAGGGCUACGAGCACCACUUCAAGGACUCGGUCGCCGUCGCGCCCGAACCUGCGCCCGCCGCCGUCCAGCCGACGACCGCCGCUCCCUGGCAGCCCUCACGCCCGCACGAGAAGUACCUGCUCGCCUACCCGGUCUACUCGCCCGCCGAGCUCGACGCCGUCAAGGUCACGUCGUUCGAGCCCAAGACCAUGGCCGACAAGUGGGCGCGGUUCCUCGUCAAGAAGGCGCGGUGGGCGUUCGACCUCGUCUCUGGGUACAAGCACGCCGACUCGGACGCGGCAAGGGCGGCGGCCAAGAAGGACGGCAAGGGCGACGACCUGUCGCUCCAGCAGCUGCGCGACCAGGGCUACCUCAUGCGUCGCGACGACUGGAUGCUCAGGAUCCUCUUCCUCGAGAGCAUCGCCGGCGUGCCAGGCUUCACUGCCGCCAUGCUGCGCCACCUGCGCUCGCUCAGGCUCAUGCGCCGCGACGGAGGAUGGAUCAACGGGCUUCUGCAGGAGGCAGAGAACGAGCGCAUGGUACGUCGCCUGCUCGAGCCGCCUCACCUCCUCACGUUCCUCAAGAUCCGCGGGCCGUCGCCCUUGUUCCGCCUGAUGGUCCUCGCCGCCCAAGGCGUUUUCACCAACGCCUUCUUCCUGUCCUACAUCGUCUCUCCCAAGUCGUGCCACCGGUUCGUCGGCUACCUCGAAGAGGAGGCGGUCCACACCUACACGGGCCUCGUCAAGGCUCUCGAGCGCAACGAGGUUCCCGAGUGGGCGCCCGAGACGGGCUUCCGCGUGCCGCAGAUCAGCAUCGACUACUGGCGCCUGCCUCAAGACGCGACGAUGCUCGACCUCGUACGUGCCGUGCGCGCCGACGAGGCAGGCCACCGGUUCGUCAACCACACCCUCGCAAACCUCGGCCAGGACGACCCGAACCCGACCUCGUUCAAGCACGCGUCGGCGACGGUCCAGGGCACCCAGACCGGCUUUUCGCGUGACGAGUCGAUCGCGUGGGCCAAGCAGGUCGAGGAGGAGAUGACGAGCGCCAAGAAGGCUGGCGAGGAGGAGAUGCGCAAGCUCGAGGAGCGCAAGUGA